ACAUCUCGAAAACUUUGGACGUGCCUGUGUGGAAACACGCUGUUUUUCUUCAAUGACAAAAGAGAUCCCAAUUACAUAGAGAAAGUGGAUCUCACUGAACUGGUCUCGAUAACAGAUGACAGCAGCCAGGAUCGAAACUUAGACGCAGCCAGACUCAACCUCCAGAUGAAGGACGUGAAUAUCAAAUUCACUGCUCCUAAUGCAGAGGCUCGUGAGCUGUGGAAGGGUUAUAUCCGCGCUGUGGCUGAGCUGUCGGUACCCUCCUCCCUCAACCUGCUGCCAGGUCAGAUCCACAUGCUGAAAGAGGCAGUGGAAAAGGAAAAGGAAAGAAAGCAAAAUCUCUCUCCACCUGCUGUCACCGACUCCAAUGUUUACGUCAGCAUCAAAGCAGACAUGCCAGCGUGAGUAUAAACACGUCGACAAAGUAUUGGAUGGAUUAUUGAAUGGGCUGACUCAAAUUCAAACUUACCCACUAGGAAGAG